AUGAAAGAUUAUACAGAUAAUGAUUCCAUUUUACUUAAACAUGGAUGGUGUGAAAUGCUAAAAGGGGGAGUUAUAAUGGAUGUAAAAAAUGUAGAGCAAGCAAAGAUAGCUGAAAAGGCUGGUGCAAUAGGUGUUAUGGUUUUAGAAAAUAUUCCAUCGGAACUUCGAAAUAUUGAUGGAGUAGCUAGAAGUGUAGAUCCAAUAAAAAUCGAAGAAAUAAGAAAAUGUAUUUCUAUUAAUGUAUUAGCUAAAGUUCGAAUAGGUCAUUUUGUUGAAGCACAAAUUUUAGAAGAACUUAAAGUUGAUAUGCUUGAUGAAAGUGAAGUAUUAACUAUGGCAGAUGAAUUUAAUCAUAUAAAUAAACAUAAGUUUAAAACCCCAUUUGUAUGUGGUUGCACAAACUUAGGAGAAGCAUUAAGAAGAAUAUCAGAAGGUGCUUCUAUGAUAAGAACCAAAGGAGAAGCAGGAACUGGAAAUAUAAUUGAAGCUAUUAAACACAUAAGAACAGUAAAUAAUGAAAUAAAAUAUUUAUGUUCAUUAGAUGAAAGUGAAGUAUAUAAUUUUGCUAAACAACUUAGAGCACCAAUUGAUCUUGUAUUACUUACAAGGAAAUUAAAAAGAUUACCAGUUGUCAAUUUUGCUGCUGGAGGAAUAGCUACACCUGCAGAUGCUGCUAUGUGUAUGCAAUUAGGAAUGGAUGGUGUUUUUGUAGGAUCAGGAAUAUUUGAAAGUGAAAAUCCACAAAAAAUGGCUUCAUCUAUAGUUAUGGCAGUUUCAAAUUUUAAUAACCCAAAAAUACUUUUAAAUGUUAGUUUAGGAUUAGGAAAAGCUAUGCAUGGAAAUACUAAGGUAUCAAAUAAAUGGAAAAAUAAAAGGGAAGAAGAUAAUUCGUAA